AUGGCGACGUCUCCUCCAACCACACCAGAUGCAGUGCGCAAUGGCCGACCGCAAAGCAUGUACACACCGAGCUUUUCGCCCGAAGCUGUACAAAAGUCUCGACCGCAGAGUAUGAUGAUGGGCCGCAGCAGAAGUCGUUUGAGUAUAGCGAGCAGCAAGGGGGGCACAACCCGUAAUUCAGAUGAGGAUUCCAAGACUGCAGUCAGAGUCGUGGUUCGUGUCAGACCUCCUCUUCGCGCAACGGAUCCAGGCUACGAUCUUAUCCCACAACGCUUUCAGCGCUCAUCUGUCAAUGUGCCCACUGACACGAGUCUGUCCAUCGAAUCCCCUCAAGGACGUAAGAUCUUCAUCUUCGAUCGCGUUUUUACUGAGGACACGACGCAAAGAGGUAUUUGGGAUUACCUCGAGGACAGCGUCGACUCUUUUCUCCAAGGCUAUAAUGUCUCGAUAUUGGCCUAUGGGCAGUCGGGCUCUGGCAAAUCCUACACUAUGGGUACCUCAGGCCCAGCAGAACAAUUCGAUCCUAGCACCAAAGGCAUCAUCCCUCGCGCUGCCACACAUCUUUUCGAGAACCUCGACGGUCGUCCCACCCUACAUAGCCGCCAGAAUUCGGCACUGAGAUCACCAACGAGGUACUCAGUAGGAAAUAUAGGCUCGACCCUGCAGAACGUGCGCAAUGACGCCAACAGGACGUGGCAGAUGUCCGUCACCUAUGUGGAAAUCUACAACGAACAGCCUCGCGAUCUACUAUUACCCGAAGGUUCGAGUACAAGUGAACGAGCUGCCGUACAAAUUCGCGAAGAUCCAAAGGGCCGUAUUUUCAUUGAAGGUCUCCGUUCAGUCCCUGUAAACAACGUGGACGAGCUCAUGGCAAUCUUAAACCAUGGCUCUGCCAUUCGUCAAACUGACGCGACUGCCAUUAAUUCGCGAUCUUCGAGAUCACAUGCUGUCUUUACGGUCAAUUUGCGCCAGCUGAAAUCCCAGCCUGGCACUUCUCCACUCAAAAACAAGCACAUGUCCACAUUGUCAGAUGUCGGAACCUCUUCUGAGAGCAUUACAGUUGAUAGCAAGCUGCACUUUGUCGAUCUUGCAGGGAGCGAACGUCUCAAGAACACUGGCGCAACUGGCGAUCGUGCUCGAGAAGGCAUAUCGAUCAAUGCAGGUCUCGCAAGUCUGGGAAAAGUAAUCUCACAGUUAUCGUCUCGAUCCGCUGGCGGGCAUGUGUCUUACAGAGAUUCCAAAUUGACCCGCAUGCUACAGGAUUCAUUAGGCGGAAACGCAAUCACGUACAUGGUGGCAUGUGUCACCCCUGCAGAGUUUCAUCUGAGCGAGACGUUGAACACUGUCCAAUAUGCGCAAAGAGCGCGAAACAUUCAGAGUAAGCCCAAGAUUCAACAAGUCAGUGAGGAUAGCGACAGACAAGCCACAAUUGAGCGACUGCGAUCGGAGGUCGCUUUCUUGAGACAACAGAUACGUAGUGCAGACAACAACGAACGAAAACCGGACGCAUCACGCGAGCGCAACAAUGCAGCCGAGGUCGAGUUGCAAAAUCAGCUGCUAGACGUGCAAGAAGGUCAUCGGGCCCUCAGUGAAAGACAUGCUAAGCUGGUCGCCGAGCUCUCCAGGAACGGUAGAGAGUCUGUCGAGCUCAGUUCUGAAACGCCAGCAGAUCGUCUGAAACGUUCACAGAGUAACCAGCAGCAGAUCGAGCAGAUCAUUCUCGAGUACGAGAAGACGAUUCAGAGCUUGGAAUCUAACCUUUCGUCCACAAGAUCGGCGUUAGCCAUGACAGAAAGCAGCUUGCUUGAGCGCGAAACAAAAUGUGCAUACAUCGAAACAAUGAACCAACAGCUCAACUCGAGAGUGCAGAAAUUGAUGGAUCGAGAGUCAAGCACAGAGUCUUAUCUUCACGAGCUCGAGGCCCGACUCGAGAACUCGACGUCUGGAAGUGCGUCCCAUGAUGCACUCGUCUCAGAGCUUCGUAAAGAGAUGGCACGAGUACGUGAGACUGAGACCAAUGCCGAAGACUAUAUUUCGACACUCGAGGAACGUUUGGCCGAGGCUGAUCAGGAUAUGGAAAUCAUGCAACGCGAAGUUGAAAGACUGGAGCAGCUGGUAGAAAGACAGCGUAGUCUUGGAAAGCUCGACAAUCUUUUGUACGAAAUUGACAACGUACAGAGAAAGCAUCCACAGGAGAUCGCGAAUGAUUACGAGGUCUCAUCUCGAGCGGCAUCCAUUGAGCAAGACGGGUCUUCCACAGCCUCUUCUGUGAACGGUGUGCACAGAAGAAAACAGAGCGAGCCUAUGGAAAGCAUUCGCGAAGCUAAAGAGCACGAUGCUACUCACUCUGUUACCAAUCCCUCUUUCGAAGACCAGCCACCGAAUGGCACCACGCCUGCACCUCAUGCACGAAUAGGCGAUUUGCGCGACGACGAUACUAAUGAACAGGAACCUAGUCCAGCCCAGUCCAGGUUCAUGCAGGAUAAGUUUGAAUCAGUGAGCCAAGAGCUCUUCGAUCUUCGUCUUGAACAUGAAUCGACCGCGAACGAACUAGACUUGAUGUCAGCAAAGUAUCAAGAAGCACUCCGAACUCUAGCGGAAGUGCAAAGACACCUUGACGAUUCGCGCAGCCCUCCCACUCAGACCAUUUCGCCCGAGCCACUGUUGCAGAGAGGGUCAUAUUUCGUUGAUACCAAACAUGGGGACGCCACAGUGACCGACCUCGAUCAGCAUUCUGCAUCACUCUCACCGUCCUCGGAGUUGUCGAUGAUCGAGGAUUCCGCUACCUCAAUUGAGCCUUCAGACUCAGUACAUACUGCAAAAGAGACACCAUCGUCAUAUUCUCAUCGACUUGAGAUAGAACGUUUGCAGGCUUUGGUCGCAGAACAAGAGCAAAAUCUGAAUACUGUACGUCAGCAAUACACAAAUUUGGACGAGGAGCACAAAGGAACUCUUGAUACUGUUGAGCGCUUGCGGAGUGAAGCACACAGAAGUCGAUCUCCAUUACCGUCGUCCCCGAGUCCUGGCAUAAUUAGAAGGUCGUCUACACAGCUUGGUGGUGGCGUCGAUCGUGGACAGAGAUCCAUUGCCUCUUUGAGAGCUCUAUUGGCCGAAGAAUUGGAAGGCAAGCCAGAUCAUAUCGAGAAUGCUGAAGUGCAUUUGUCUGCAGCGACUCACGAGCUUCAAUCCCGUUUCGCCCGUAUACAAUCACUAGAAUCAGACUUACAGAACAUCAAAAAGGAGAUGGAGAUGAAGUCCACUAUCAUCUCAGGUCUAACUCGGGAGCGAAACAGCUUGAAAUCUGGCACGCCUGUAGAUUUGUCCAUGGUUUCUCAGAUGCGAGAUCAAUUGAUCCAGAAGGAGACUGAGCUCAAAACCUUGCACGACGGUUACGGUAAGAGAGAGCAAGAGCUGCAGACUGAGCUAUUUGAAGCUCGACAACAAGGAGAAAAAUUAUCGGCAGAUUACGACAAAGCGAAACGCGCUCUAGAGGAGUAUCAAACACGCCUGAAGGUCACCACUGCUGAGCUUGAGGCCGCACAAUCGAGUAUAGAAACCCUCAAACUACAGCAAAAUGUCCCAGUCGAGAAAGCUUUGGGUGAGAGCGAUGCAGUUUUCGCACGUGCCGCAACGGCCAAGGCGAUGGGAGAUGAGCGAGAAAACUACCAGGUUGCGAUCGACAAGUUAAAGCGUGAUCUGGAGCAACAAAUCUCGACGAAUGCAUCGCAUACGGAAAAGAUUGAAGAACUUACACAAAUGCACGAAGCUGCGAGCAAGGACAUUCACGAGCAUUCUCAGAUCAUACAAGAGAAGAGCCAGGAGAUCGAUAUGCACAAGGUCAGGAUUGCGACCCUACAAUCCAAGAUCAAGGAAGCAGAAUCAGCUGUCGAGUUUCACAAACAUGGCCUGAAAUCGUUGCACGAAUCGCAUACAAGUGAGAUUGAAGAGAUAAAACUGUCUCAUGCUGGCAUGCUUGCUGGCUACGACGAUCAGAUUGCGGAGCUGAAUAUCAAACAUGGAAAGGCUCUCCAUACAGCUGAGGUAGAGAGAGACUGCGCCAAGGCUGCUCUGGGCGAGCUGCUGAAGGGUGCUGCAUCUGCACUCGGCCACGACACGUCCGUCGAUAUGCUUGCCAAUCAUAUCACAGAUAUGGCAGAAGAGAAGAAGCACGUUUCAGAAGCUAAUAAGAGGUUGGUGUCAACCAACGCCGAGCUGGAGGCACAAUUGAGUGGCCGACAAAAUCUGUUGGAACUUGAAGAGGCUCAAGAAGCCGCUAAUACAAAGAUUGCUAACUAUCAGGAAACAAUUCGCAACCUCGCGAAUGAGGUUGGCAAUCAUGAGGAGACUAUUCGAGAAAAGGAGUCUUCUAUCAAGAAACAUGAAGAGCAGAUGAAGGCACUUCAAGCAGAGAACCAGAAAAAAAUUAUCUUGAUCGAAGAAUUAGAACAGCAACUCCAGAGCAGUUACGAACAACAUCAAAAUCGGUUGUCUGUGGUACAACAGCAAGGUUCCAGUGCUCUGAGUGAGGCUCAGCAACGUAUUUCUCAGCUUGAGAAGGAGGUGCAGCGCAGCUCCUUCGCCGAAACCGAGGGCGAGCAGAAGAAAGCCACGGGUCGUCCACAAUCACCUCUCGCUGAGAACAGUGGCCGAUCAAAUUCUAUCAACUCUAAUUUGAGGAAGUCGUCCUCAAUUGUCUCCUUGCCUUCGCCACCACCAGCUAUACCUUUGCCGCCACUACCUACAUUAUCUGCAAUUAACGCUGGACCUUCGGGCAAUCCGUCUCCGCCACAGUCUCGACAUACUUCGAAGGAGGUGGCAGUACCUCAGGUACCUUCACCAACCACUGUCACUAGAGACACACAAACCAUCAAACGACAGUCAGCCAUGAUCGAAGACCAGGAUUCCAGAAUACGAACGAUGGAAAAACAUCUACAUGCCGAAAAGCAGCUCACUGCCACUCUCGAGGAAGCCCUGGUCGAUCUCGAGACGCAAUCCAAUAAGCUUCGUGUCGACGCCGAAGCAUGGAAGAAGAAGGCAUGGGCCCUGGAAGAAGAGAUGACACAAGUCCGCAAGGAAAGUCGAUCAGAACGCCUCUCGGUCCAAGCCGUAGAGGAAGAGGUGAGAAAGAGACGUGCCGCCGAAGAGGCCCGAGCUCAACUCGAAGAACGUAUGAGAGUAUUGAAGCAGACCAUGGAUGGAGGAAAGAAAAAGAAGAAGAGUGCCCUUAACUGUUUCUAG